GGCACCUCUCUACCUGUCCAUUUGUGACCUAUAAACUAAACUUCAACGUAUUGUUUUGUAAUGUAUUUACGAUUGUAUGUUAUUUUCGCAACAUUUCAUCACACCGUUUAAAAAAUAUGUCUGAAAAAGUAGUCGUUGCAGUGAACGAAGGUAAAAUUCGCGGAGUGAAAGAAGUAUCGAAAUAUUCCAACGUCGAAUACCUCGCUUUCUAUGGAAUCCCUUACGCGGAACCAUUUGUCAAAAGUUCCAGAUUCAAGGAUCCCGUAAAAGUCAAACCGUGGAAAAACAUACACGAUGGAACGAAAGAAAAACCAGGAUGUUCUCAACUAUCAUUCCUCAAAGGCCAUUUGUGGGGAAACGAGGAUUGCUUGUUUAAUAACGUCUACACGCAGAGACUGCCGCGGAAAGAUGAACCUCUGAGGCCUGUGAUUGUCAAUAUUCACGGUGGAGCAUACCACACUGGUACACCUCACACAAAACAAUACGGAUCUCCUGCCCUCGUAAUUCAUCACGAUAUUGUGUAUAUUUGUAUUUCAUACAGAUUGCAUAUUUUAGGUUUUUUGAAUUUAGGAUUAAAAGACUGUUCUGGAAAUCAAGGCAUUAAAGAUAUCAUUAUGUCGCUUCACUGGAUCAAAGAUAAUGUAAAAUCAUUCGGCGGAGACCCAGAAAACAUAACUUUACUAGGAGCCAGCAGCGGAGCAAGCACUAUUCAUUUGUUGAUGUUAUCACCAGCAGUGGAGAAAAAUUUAUUCCACAAGGCUGUGCUAAUGAGUGGCUAUCUGAUGAAUCCGAUCGCACCGUAUCAAGAAACAAAUGAAAUUCAUGCUCGUGAGAUGGCAAAACUACUCGAUUAUGAGGGCGAGCUCGACGAUCGUAAAAAAAUGUUGAAUUUUUUAAAGAGAAAAACACCCGAACAGCUUAUUAAUACUUUGUUACAAUACGAAUUCGGUACACCCGCACCCAAGAAAAUCGCUCCGAUUACCGCACUUGGUGUAUUUUCACCUACCGUCGAUCCCCUAGUGCUGCCGUGUUCGCCUCAAAAGCUGACCGAAUCGAUGAUGCGAAUACCAAUCAUGAUCGGAUUCUGUGAACGAGAAUCGGCGAUGGGUUUUACUCGAGGUGAAAUUAUCGAACAAACGCGAAAUAAUUUCGCAACGACUUUUUGCCAGAAUUGUUGGGGAUGGGGACAUAAUUUAGGUAGCGAUGAUGUCGAAGAGAUUAACAGACAAGUGGAAUUGUUUUACACAGGAGGAACCCCUGUUCUAGAGGCACCGAUGUCUCUCCAAAUCGAUGUCCAAUCUGAUAUUUGUAUAUCUGAUGUUUACGAUACACUCAUUGAUGUAGUAGCUGCCCAACAACCUUCUUCUGUAUUCGUUUAUAAAUUUGAAUUUGAAGGAAAAUUGAAGACUAUGAAAGAACUCGUUAGUUUGGAUGAACAACUACCAGGAACGUAUCACGGAAGUGAAUACAUCCAUUGGAAUAAUUUCGACUGGGACAAUGGAUAUGGUCUCCGUGACGAGAGAACCCGCAGAAUGGUGAAUACUUUCACGAAAUUAGUGACGACUUUCGCAAAAACUGGGACGCCAAAUUACAACGAUUUAGGUAUCCGAUGGGAGCCGUCAACGGUGGAUAAUCCUUGCUAUUUGAUUAUCGACGAGCAAAUGAAAAUGGUCAAAGGUAGGCUGAGUGAAACACGAUUGAAAUUCUGGGAUGAAAUAAAAAAACAGUUCAAAAAAUCCAACGAUGACUCGAUUAGUUUUUGAAUUAGGAAUACCCUGCACAAUACAUAUUUUAUAAAUCAA